GCGCCGGGGGCCGCCCGCCGCCGACACGGGACCGGCUUCGAGGCUGCUUUGGCGCCAAAUCCGGAGAAGGUGCAUAUUCCUCCUUGUUCAUUUUUAAACAGCUUCCAAAGCUGCUGUUGAUGAUGCAUGAAGCUGUUUUGGAGGCAGAAAAUCAACAGAGAGAUCAAGAAUUGUUCUCUAAUGGUCUUGCUUCACCAUGGCUACAAAUAUGGAGGGGCUGGUUCAGCACAGAGUGGGGACCCAGCAGGUGGCUGAGGUACCACGUACACAGACCUCUCGGCCGGAAUCUCCAGGGAUGACCAGCCCCUCCCCGCGCAUCCAGAUAAUCUCCACCGACUCUGCGGUAGCCUCACCUCAGCGAAUUCAGAUUGUGACAGACCAGCAAACAGGACAGAAGAUCCAGAUAGUCACCGCCGUGGACGCCUCUGGAUCCCCCAAGCAGCAAUUCAUCCUGACCAGCCCAGAUGGAGCUGGAACUGGCAAGGUGAUCCUGGCUUCCCCAGAGACAUCCAGCGCCAAGCAGCUUAUAUUCACCACCUCGGACAACCUCGUCCCUGGCAGAAUCCAGAUUGUCACGGACUCUGCUUCUGUGGAGCGUUUGUUGGGGAAGACCGACGUCCAGCGACCCCAGGUGGUAGAGUACUGCGUGGUCUGUGGCGACAAAGCCUCUGGCCGUCACUAUGGGGCUGUCAGUUGCGAAGGUUGCAAAGGCUUCUUCAAAAGGAGCGUAAGGAAAAAUUUGACCUACAGCUGCCGGAGCAACCAAGACUGCAUCAUCAACAAACACCACCGGAACCGCUGUCAGUUUUGCCGGCUGAAAAAAUGCUUAGAGAUGGGCAUGAAAAUGGAAUCUGUGCAGAGUGAACGGAAGCCUUUUGAUGUGCAAAGGGAGAAACCAAGCAACUGUGCUGCUUCAACUGAGAAAAUCUAUAUCCGGAAGGACCUGAGAUCGCCUCUGAUCGCCACUCCCACAUUUGUGGCAGAUAAAGAUGGAACAAGACAAACAGGUCUUCUCGAUCCAGGGAUGCUUGUGAACAUCCAGCAGCCUUUGAUACGUGAGGAUGGUACAGUUCUCCUGGCCACGGAUUCCAAGGCUGAAACGAGCCAGGGAGCCCUGGGCACGCUGGCAAAUGUGGUAACCUCUCUUGCCAACCUGAGCGAAUCCCUCAACAAUGGCGAUGCUUCCGAAAUGCAACCGGAGGACCAGUCUGCCAGCGAGAUCACUCGGGCCUUUGAUACGUUAGCUAAAGCACUUAACACCACAGACAGCUCGUCGCCUCCAGGCCUGGCGGAUGGGAUAGACACGAGUGGAGGAGGGAGCAUCCACGUCAUCAGCAGAGACCAGUCCACCCCCAUCAUUGAGGUGGAAGGCCCUCUCCUCUCAGACACUCACGUUACGUUUAAGCUCACGAUGCCCAGCCCCAUGCCAGAAUACCUCAACGUGCACUACAUCUGCGAGUCUGCGUCCCGCCUCCUCUUCCUCUCCAUGCACUGGGCCAGAUCAAUCCCGGCCUUUCAGGCGCUGGGGCAGGACUGCAACACCAGCCUGGUGCGGGCCUGCUGGAAUGAACUCUUCACCCUUGGCCUGGCCCAGUGUGCCCAGGUCAUGAGUCUCUCUACCAUCCUGGCGGCCAUUGUCAACCACCUGCAGAACAGCAUCCAGGAAGAUAAACUCUCCGGUGACCGGAUAAAGCAAGUCAUGGAGCACAUCUGGAAGCUUCAGGAGUUCUGUAACAGUAUGGCGAAGCUGGAUAUAGACGGCUAUGAGUAUGCAUACCUUAAAGCUAUAGUUCUCUUUAGCCCCGAUCAUCCAGGUUUGACCAGCACAAGCCAAAUUGAAAAAUUCCAAGAAAAGGCACAGAUGGAGUUGCAGGACUAUGUUCAGAAAACCUACUCGGAAGACACCUACCGAUUGGCCCGGAUUCUCGUCCGCCUGCCGGCCCUCAGGCUGAUGAGCUCCAACAUAACCGAGGAACUCUUUUUCACCGGUCUCAUUGGCAAUGUUUCGAUAGACAGCAUAAUCCCCUACAUCCUCAAGAUGGAGACGGCGGAGUACAACGGUCAGAUCACCGGAGCCAGCCUAUAGCGCACGCCGCCCGCCCGCGGGGAGCCGAGGACGCCGGGACCGCUCAGACACAGAGACUGACUAGUGGUGUUUGGUAUGUGCAAAUAUUCCCAAUCUGUUAGCCAUCGCCUACCUUGUUUCUUGUGAAUCCCAGACAAUUGCAACUAAAAGACUAGUAGGAUCCUUUCCUGCCAUAAGAAAUGUUUUAAUGCCUUUUGAUGAAGCCGAUUUUGGAACAAUCUUUUAAUUCAAUUUGUAUUUAGAAAUUCUCAAAGGGCAAAAAACAAAAACAAAGUUUUAUAAUGUCAGAGACUAGUAUUAAAGAAAACUAAAAAGAACCUAAGAGAACAGUAUGUGUGUAUAUAUAUUAAAAAUGUCCUUGGAAUUAAUAGCUACUAAUUACCAGGGUAAUAAUAUAGGCACUUUCUGAGCACUUCUUAUCAACGGAUGAUGUUAGCAACAUCUUGCCUGUGGGCAGGGCAAAUGGAAACUAUACAUGUCUUGCUGAAAUGCUGAUGAUUUCCAUGAAAACGCAGUAGGGUACAGGAGACAAUCAUUUGUGUUGAAGAAGGGAUCAUUCCUCAUUUGAUGCACAUAUUGGUGGUGUUGGGCUGGAUUCCUGUGAACGAAAAUGUGGCUUAUCUGUGUGUGUCAUGCAGUAAGUGGGGGUGUGGUAGCACAGUCAGCGGGGCACAGACAGAAGUCACAGCCUGAGCGCUGCUGUUUGUUGGGCUCCCUGACUUCUGGUUCUGGUCUGUAACAGGCAUCGAUAGGCACCUCCAAACCUGGGGCUCUCUUCCGGUCACUGGUUCGCAGAACUGGAUUGCAGCCAGUCAGGCAUUAACUGUCAAUUCCUGCAGCAACUGAGAAUAUCCCAAAUCACCUCCACCAUUUAUGGGAGAUGAGCCUUCUGACCAAAAAGUGCAGGGUGGGCAUUUUGAACUCUUUGACAGGACUCCCAGGAACAGGAUCUGGGGGGUUGCAUGUUCAGAUAGUGUGCCGGUUCCUUUCCUGGUUUCCAUUCCCAGCGUCCCCUUGAGAAGGGCUGUGUCAGCCAGCAGUUCAGUCAGACCCAACGGGGGGUCGGGGUGCACAGGGCCUGGUGAAGCUGAAUGGAAAGUUUCUCUGUGGACCUUAAAUGUCAGGGUUGUUCACACCAUCUCCAGACUCGGCAUCUCUGUCGGCGAGUGUUCUGAUGACAGUGGCAGGCCCCCAACUGCGAGGCAGUAUGCAGCAGAGAGCCGCUCCGGGAGCGUUUUAGAAAAUGGGGAAGCAGGCCGCCAGCUGCUGGAAUUCCCACGCUUCCUUCCUUCUCGUCUGUCAGACUGCUGGCAAGAACAGGACACGGUUACAAGGAGGUUUAUAUCUAGGGUAGCGCACCCGGACGUUCCCCCGCGUCUCAGCAAGCACUCCUGUGUGGGGAAAGUGGCGUGUCCAGAACCAGGUCAGGUACCUGGUGCUUUCUUUUUGGCGAGCCCAGACUGACCACGUGCAAGGCUGGGCUCCCGCUGUCUUGAACCUUUUGCUCAGAUGCUCUCCAGAAGGAUGGCCAUGCACUCCUCUGCCUGGCAGGCACACCCUAGUCUGGCUUGGGCCCUUAAAGGGCCCAAGGUGGGUGGCACUCCUGCUGUGUGGGGUUGCCAGGCAGCCAGCCAUGGGCUCAUGGCAAAACUGGAUGCUUCUGAAGUACAUGGUAGUAGCACUUUAUGAAAACUCACUUGGAUUUAAUUAUAGCUUGUGCUUUGGGCAAGUUUUAGAGACUAGGGAUGCCUGUUAUAAAAUGAUGGAAAGGAUUUAAUUUUACCAGCUCGAAUUUUGGGGUUUCUAACUUUUGAAGUGAUUCAGAUUUAAAAAUUAAGACAAAACUGGCCAAGACAGUGGAGCUUCAUUUCUGCUUGUGAAGGACUGUAGCCGAGUGUGUUCCGAAGCGCGCGCGUCUUAAACAGCCUACUUCUCUGUCCUCGCGCAGGUGAAUGUGCGCCUGUUGCACAGCAGUGUCCCCCGGGAGUGCCCGUUGCCACAUCUCUUGCAUCAGAGUUAAUCCGAGUCGGUGAAAAGGCCCACGCCAGGCAGCUCCCCUUGUUCCCUGGACUGGACUCCUGGGUCCACCAGGCUUUGCCUCAAGUUGCCUUAAAAUACUGGGGCAGCUUAACCAAGACCCACACAGAGGUGCUGACGACAUGCUGUCUGGGGGUGCUGGAAUAGAGGUUGGUAACUGGCAGGAAGACAGUGAGUGCCGCCCUCCGGCAAGACAGCCCUGGGGAAAGAUGGGUUUAGCUUGGGAAGUUGGUGGUUCUGACCUGGUCCCGCUCCUUGACAGCGAACCAUCUUGGGUUCUGAACACUCCUCAUCCGUUCCCCAGUGGCCUUAAUCUGAAGUGACCUUUCCUGAAGGAUCAUGUCCGCACAACCUGAACUCGCGAUGUCCCAAAAGAUGUCAAGCCUUUGACGGCACGCCCAGCCCAUCUCGCAUUACAUUGGCUCAGAAAGUCUAAAGCCAAGAAUUACUUUAAGGGAUCCCAACCAAAUAGGUAUGUUCAAUUUUCACAACUCUUUGUGAAACUAGAUUUGGGGGAGUCGGACCAGACCUCUGCCCACUGAACCCCUGAGUGAAGCAAGCCAGGAGCAGGAUUCUUUGCCACGCAACCGGGUGACAAGGCCCCCUUCUGCUGGCAGAGCCCCUCCUCCCUCGGUGAGGCCGGCGUGCUGGCCGAGGGCCGUGGGGACCGACCCUUGCUGAUGAAGUGGGCGCGCUCCCGGGGAGGCUCGGAUGAUGGACAGUUACGUGUUGCCGUUUGUAAAAACCAUUACAUGUAUUCAUGAACAGGACAGGAAGACACUUAGAAAAAGACCAAAUUACUCAAGCAAAUACUACUUUUCAAGUUAUUCCUCGAAGGUAUUUUUAAGGAAUAUAGCGUCCUUCUCAUUGGAGGGGUUUGUGUGUAUGGGGGAGGGGGUGUUGGGGGCUUACAUUAUUUAUUGUUUCACCUCUGCCAUGAGGCCUUUUGUUGUUGGGAUUUUGUAUUUAACUUCAGACGUAGUCACUUGUUUUAAGACGUGUCAUGCAACUGCCCUCGAGCACGCUAGAGAUGUGUUCUCUGGCUUGGCAUCGUGUCAGCAUCGGUGUGGUCUCUGUUCUGAGGUACUUGCCACCAGCUACGCAACACAGGAUGGACAUGUCUGCCCCGAGGCUCAUUGACACAGCGGCCGUGUGCGCGCUAGGGCACAGGGCUGUGGCCAUGCUACAUAUGUACUUAGCUGUUCUGCUUGUUUUGGGGAUGGCCACGGCUGGGAGCCAAGAGCUAGGACUCUGGCUGGAUCUAGUGCUUCUGCUGGAGGAUGCAAAAAAAUCACCUUUGGGGCAAUCUCCAGCAGAGCAGUCUUGCUCCCAGCCCGCCCUCUGCCUGACAGGCAGCUCUGGGCUGUGGGUCCAGGUGCCAGGACCUGACCGGAUCAGAGGCCGGGAGCUCGUUGCCCGCUUUCAGGGGAGAGGCCUUAUGUGCAGUGGGGCUGCACACAGCCUGUCAGGCUCUUCUCUGAGCCCAGGUCACGGAAAGUGGCUUCUUCUGAUGCUCACUUUAACCCGAAGGGCGGUGCCCUUUAGAUCUGGAAAGGACCGCGUGGGCCGAGCGCUGGCCCCACACGCCUCCCUUGUCCCCCCCUUCCCUUCUCUAGCGUGCGGCUCUUUGAAAUUGUCUUCAUGUUGAUGUGAAUUGGUAAAGCCAACCCUCACGGAGACGGCGGGUUUGGGUGUUUCGUACACAGGGUUGUGGACUCACGUGUGCCUCCUGCCAGCGCGCACGUCUGCGUGUCCAGCCCUGGGCUCCCUUCAGCGGCACUGUGCGUGUACAGAUGUAUAGCUCGUAUGACUGGCUGAAUGUACAUGUGUUUAUACCUCCUGGAAGUGUACAGUGUAUAUAGUGCUCAUGUGUACAUAGGUGUAUAUUAUGUAUACAGACAUGUAGCCACGUAUCCAAACUUUCCUCACGUUUGAGUGAGUCUGAGAGAGUUGCUGAAGUAAAUGGGUGUGGGCGCCCCAAGGUCCCUCAGCGGGGAGGAUCUGCCGAGAUCUUCACUCCAUUUCCCGUGCGGGAGCCUGGCUAGGAAAGGCCACGCGGUCAGAACCUCCGUGCUCUACGGGGGCAGGGCGGCGCCGCUCCUCAGCCUCUAGGUUCGCGUGAGGGCCGGGAAGACAGUUUACCCUAACGCUGGAAACUAGCUGGGGAUCUCCGCCCUAGUUGUCUCAAGACUACCUGUGCCCCAACUGGAAGGGACCCGGCAGGCAGAGCUACAGGCCGCGUGACCGGAGCCCCCGAAGGCCCCAGGGGUGAGGCCCGACUCCCGGCCUGAUAGUGACGUCCCGCCCCUGCUCCGGCCAGGUCAGCAGCGGGUGUGCGGUGCCCUGUGGCCAGAGUCGGCCACCUCUGAUGCCGGCUGAAGGAAACCACCUCGCCAGUAGUCACGCGAACAAGCACGGAUGUUGGCGGCUAACUCUCACGGCACAUAAGCUACAGACCUUCAGUUCUCUAACCACAGCAUGUGAAUGCAACCCCCUGACUUAACUAAGACUAAACUCCUUUCUGUAAAUUAUGAUUUAAAAUUUUCGGAUGAAAAUUGCUUUUUAAGAGAUAUGUAUGCCCUUAAAGCUACAGAUGCCAAAUUUUCCUUGUCCAGGUCUAUUCUGAUGAAUUUACCCCUUUAAUCGGGCUUUAAACUGAGACACGGCACUCGGGAGCCAGGGCCCAGCCCAGCAGUAGUUGCUCACGGACCUGGUAAGCAGGGCCUGACUGGGGGGAGGGCGAGAGCCGGCUUGCGAAAGCACCACGGGAUAGCUGCGCAGCUCACGUCAUCCAGUCACUUGUGUUCUUGAUAAGCUGUUGAAAUGUCUGAAGACGCUUCAUUGAGACCAUAGUACUCAGUGCCUUUUGUGAGACGUGGGGCAUUUCGCCGUCAGCUUCCCCGAAAGCUCCUGCUACGUCACUGGCCUUGUCCACCAGUGAUUGUGCGACCCCCCCGCACC